GGAAAAGAUAAAGUUUACUGGCAGAAGACCCGGGCGGCGAUGGCCCAGCUUUCACUGCACGACAGAGCAUUGAGUACCUGUGCGGGUUAGCAGGGGUGAGGCCGGCCGCAAAUGGGAGAGCCGAGACCGAGCUGGGGCACGGGAGCUUCGAUGAAGGCCCAAAGGCCGUCAACGAGCUCGACGACAUGGAGUCCGACACCUGCGAGAUACUGGAAAGCCCCGCGGAUGCGGCUGGAAUGCUCCAGAAACUCGGUGGAUGCUGCGACUCCUUCACGUUUCUUUACUGGCGCCCCGAAGACGCCGAACUCUAUCGAGUCUCGUUUCGGUCAUCAGCCGGCUCCAUCAGUGAGUGCCUCAAGUAUUCGGCCGGCAUCCUCGAUCUCGUUUACGAGAUGACGCCCUUUCUCAGUAACGAGGCGGCCUGCGAAGCCGGCCUCUCGAUGACCCUUGGCCGUCCGGCCCGGCCGCGCGGUUCCUAGCCCCGUGUCUUCUUUCAUCCGCCCAGGGACACUGCGGGCCAAUACACCCCUUCUAUCUCGACACGCCUCUGGAUACCGUGCUGCUCACUAGAGCAAGUGGGCCAAGAGAUGGUAAUCCCCCCAUUUUAUUCACCCCAUGUGGCUCUUUGGUGGAAUCGACGUAGAUUGGAGAUAUGGCGAGGGGGCCGUUAUUCGCGUUUCAUGUGGAGUGGGAGCGGGGGAAAACGACCACAGAGUUGUUACGGUGCAAGCCCACCCGCAGGCUGGAUCUGGUUGCGUGCCCAGAGGAUGCCUUGGACACAUAGGGGCUAGGGGAAAUCCUGAUGCGAGGCCCUCAACAAGCGAUGAUCAGGCCCAGCUAUUGCUACACUGGAGCGAAGGGCUGAUCUUGACAAGCAGCGCCUGGACGCGGUUUGGCCGCAAGGAGAAGGCCAGGAUCGGGGUGACGGUGAGGGAGAACACACUGGGGGAGAACACAUUCUGCCGCGGGGGACCC